GUCCAGCGUCUCUAAUGGCUGAACAACAACUAUCGGCGAUCAACAAACUUUCUCAAACUUCCUUAGACACAAAAGCAAGUUAAUAUUACCUAAUUGUUUUAGGCUUUGUGUCAGUUUAGGUGCUGUUAUAUGAUAUUUUUGUAUUUACAAAUGUGGAGUUGCUGAUGGAUUCACGAUAUGACAUACCGCGGAGGGCCACCGCCGGUAGCGGCGGGGGUUCUUCGAACUCGUCCCCGGCUCUGGGAGCUCAGUCCCGCCGCAGGAAGAUGCCUCCCAGACCCGCUGAUUUCAAACUCCAGAUUAUAAUUAUCGGCUCCCGUGGAGUUGGUAAAACCAGCCUCAUGGAGAGAUUCACGGACGAUACUUUUUGCGAAGCGUGCAAGUCAACAGUAGGAGUUGACUUCAAAAUCAAGACAGUUGAGUUAAGAGGGAAGAAGAUCAGACUACAGAUAUGGGACACAGCUGGUCAGGAGCGGUUUAACAGCAUCACAUCGGCCUACUACCGAGGAGCCAAGGGAAUCGUGCUCGUUUACGACAUAACAAAACACGAGACAUUUGAAGACCUUCCUAAGUGGAUGAAAAUGAUUGACAAGUACGCCUCAGAGGAGGCGGAGCUUCUGCUGGUUGGGAACAAGCUGGACUGCGAGGGUGAUCGAGCCAUCUCCAGACAACAAGGAGAGAGGUUUGCCUCUCGGAUAAGUGGGAUGCGCUUCUGUGAGUCCAGUGCCAAGGAUAAUUUUAACGUGGAUGAGAUCUUCCUGAAGCUAGUGGAUGAUAUUGUUAGUAAGAUGCCUCUGGAGAUGCCCAGCAGGGAGCUGUCCAACAGCGUCCUGUCUCUGCAGCCUGAACCGGAAGUGCCGCCGGAGUUGCCCCCUCCCCGCAUGCGUUGUUGCUGAAAGUCAGAGCCCCCACCCCCUCCUUCAACAUGCAGUGUUUCUGUCUGAUCACAAGGGGGCAGCACAGAGCAGCACUUUGGAAACACGAGCUGCUAAAAACGAUGCAUGGACUCUAAAACAAGCAGUAUUAUCUUCCUGUUUUCUUCUUCUUCUUCUCUGUAAGUGAACACUACGACCUGCAGCACACUAACACACUUAGGCCUGAAGAAUCGUCCGCUUCCACCCACCAUUCUGUCUACGAC